GACGGUGAAAGCAACGACACGAGCCAGUUGUUCAACUGGCACCCGCUGCUCCUCACCCUGGGCUUCCCUGUGCUCAUGGCGGAAGCGGUGCUGGCUUACAGAGCCCCGCUGGUUCCGGUGAAGGACAGGGCGCACAGCAAGGCAUACCACUUUUUGCUGCACACGGCGGCGCUCAUCUGCACGGUGCUGGGCGUGGUCGCGGCAUUCAAGUCGCACACGCUCAAGCGCCCUGCCCCUGUGCCCAACCUGUACAGCGCCCACAGCUGGAUGGGCAUGGCGGUUCUGUCGCUGCUCACAUUCCAGUACCUGAUGGGCGCGGGAGCCUACGUGUGGCCCAAGCUCCCGCUGGGCCAGCGUAGGGCGCUGGGCCCCCUCCACAGCUACCUGGGCAAAUCCAUCUUUGUGGCAGGGCUGGCCACGAUGGCGGCAGGCAUCCAGGAGAAGCAGGUGGGCCGCUUG